AUGAAUAUGUUGGAUGAUGAAGAUGACCGAAGCUUUCACGCUACGUGUGACGGCUACUCCCAUUUGAGCAAUGUCGAAUGGGAUGCGGUUGAACGGAUGGGUUCAACCAUGGGAAUCCAUGCUGUUAGCGUCAUGCUAGAGGCUCUCAAUAGAGAUGCCCAACAUGCUACUAUCGCCAAGUUCAUUCAAAAUGAACUUGACGCAGAACGCGAGAAAGUAGCCUUGCUUCACCAACAAGGUUCUCAACAAGCAGAGUUGUUGAGAGAACAGGGUGCUCAACAGUCUGAACUGUUGAGACAGCAGCAGACUGCUGCUGGCGGGUCGAUGCACUCGCGUCGACCCGAGACUUUGAAGAUUGACAUCUCCAAGUAUAGGGGAGUCGAAGAAAACUCCCUCUUGAGAUGGUUCGUCGAAUUAGACGACGCCAUAAGGGCGCGUCGCAUCGACGACGGGGAUAUGCAAGUUGCAUUUGUUCAGUCAAAUCUGGCAGGACGUGCGAAGACAUGGGCACUGGGGCUCAAGUUGCACGACCCAUAUGCGUUUGGGUCGUUGGAAGUCUUCAAGUCGCGGCUCAGACAAACGUUUGAACCGCCUAGAGCUGAGUUCAGGGCUCGAACCGAACUCUUGAAGCUCAAACAGGGUAAGCGUGAUGUGCACGCUUACGCGCAAUAUAUACGACAUCUUACGAGUUGUAUAAGUUCCAAUCCGGUGGAUGAACACACGUUGGUUUCAGUGUUCAUGUAG